AUGUCGAUCUCUGUCAACGUCGAAGACUGUUUCACGGCCGUCCGCGCGUUGGCAACAGGCCUGAAGGAGCUCCGGGAACGUCAGGCCAACCCGAUCGACGCCGAGUUCGCGAUCAUCGGCGGAGUGGCCAUCGCCGCGCUCACGCGCCCCGUGCUCAACCAGUAUCCUUCCUCCGUGGUAAACAUCCAGAACGUCAUAAAAAGGCAGACCGAGAUGAACUUUGAGAUCAAACUUCCCCAGAACGUAAACCUCUCCGGGUUAUGGGCGGCCCUCAAAGGCGUUGGCUAUCUUCCGCAUGGCCGGGACGACCUCAUUAGCGCCCCUGGUGGCGUGUUCGACACGUCCGACGCGGGAAACAAGUACCUUCUCGUCAGGCAAUAUGACGCGGUCGGUUACUCCAAAAACCCGAAGCUGCCCCGCACCCGCAAGCUCGACCCCGUCGAGUUCGACAUCAGCGAGCUGGACGGCUCCAGGCUGCUGGACUACAUGCCGAAGCAGGACGUCUUCGCCGCCAAGUCCGUCGUGAAGCUGACCCUGGACACGCUCCCGACCUCGCUCCCGACCUUCCGGCCCCACGUCGUCCUCCUGCUCAAGAUCGAGGGCGCCGCGCAGCGCGAGCAGAACACGCAGAAGGAUUUCGUCGACAUCGGCAUCCUCCUCGCGCUCUCCGACAAACUCGAGCCGGCGGAGCUCCGGUUCGGGCGCGCCGCGUUCGACGCGUUUCGGACGAGUGAGGCGUGGAAGCAGCGGAUCGUCCCGGCCGUGGAGCGUUGGGCGAACAAGGACAAAGCCAAGGCAGAGGCAGUGGUUAACUGGCUGGCUGAGAACGCAGCCUUCCGGACGGGCAAGGAGCUCAUGUGGGAUGAAAAGCUGACGCAGGAGCAAGCGUCCAAGAAGAUUGAAACCAUCAAAGCUCAGGCUAAGGCGAUGUGGGAGGGGUAUUUUACUCAGUUGAAGACGCUGAUUGUUUGA